AUGAUUUUUGACGUUGAAGAAUUUCUUCAUAUUGAAGGGGAGACUGUCGCUCUUGCUGUAGUAAUCGUAGAAUCGUCCUAUAUAAAAGGAUUAAUAUUCGAAGUGGAUCUUGUUGAAAUGUUAAAGAGCAUUGGUCGCCCGGUUGUAGAUGAGUUGCUUGGUGUGCUUACUCGAACCAAGCAACCAAAAGGGACCAUUGGUAUAAUAGUGGGCCCCUCUAUGGAUAGCUUUACUCCUGGUGCAAUAGAUGCGGCACUAGAGAUAGCAGAACCACCAGAACUAUUAGAACAACUAUCUACGUAUCCUAUCAUUGUGACAGAUGUAGAUCGAUUGCCCAAAUAUUUGAUCAAUGCGGUUCUUGAUAAGUUGCAUAAUGAACCUUAUACCUUCUCCCUCUUACCAUGA